AUGGUUUUGAGCAAAUACAUCACCGAUAUCAUCGAUAAGGAAUAUCCGCAGAUCUUGAGUGAUGUCCCUUUAGUGGAUAUUGUAUUCGAUUUACGAAGUAUAGGGUUAAUAUCUGAUGACGAAGUUGACAAACUUAAAGAUGGUUGCCAGAGUAAUAAAGAAAGAAUCUUUCAUUUUAUUAAAAUACUAAAAUCAAGAAGCGAUGACAACUAUUUUCAGUUUUGCUGCAUACUAAAGGAUAGCCAAGUUACACAUAUUCAAGAUCUUGGUAGAAAAUUAGAGAUAGAAGCUAACGCCUCGAGGAACGAACGCGAUAAUUUAACAAGUCGAAAUCAAGCAACUAGUAGUCGAACUAAAGCUUCUAAAAGUAAUAUUUAA